ACAUUAAUUCUGCAUUUAUAUUUCUCUCUACACUUACUUAAACAGUAUAUAUAUAUACUUGACUUUAUCAUAUUAAAGUUAUAAAAUUAGUAUUAGUGGUGGGCUUUUUUGGGUUUAACUAAAAAUUCUAAAAAGAAAAAAAAAUUGCGGUAAUUUUUUGAUUAGUUAGAAGAAAAGAAGAAGAGAUCAAUUCUUAUUUUUGAGUCGCCAGUUUUUUUCUGUCUGUCUGUCUGUGUCUGUCAGUGUGUACUUUUUUGGGUAAUUAUAAAUUUGAAGGUAAAAUCUUUCCAUUUUAAUUUAUCAAGACAUACAACAACACGACAUCAAACACCAUAGGAGGAUAUAUGAUUAGACGGACUAAAGAGAUCAUAUCACAUCUUAUCAUUUGAAUCAUUCAAUCCUUUAAUCACCUAUUUGAUCACUCCCCCCCACCUUGAUUCAACCUACCCAUCAUGAGUAAUCAAUCACCAAGUUCUCAAUCUUCACCUAACCCAAACCUUAAUACAACUAGUAGUACUACCACAGCUAAUGCAGCAUCACCUAGUCCUACUACUAAUACAGAUCCAACUCCACCUUUGAAAACAGUUCAAUCUGUUUCCUUUGGGGAUUUGGAAAAUCAAGAACGUACUCGUCGUUUUACAAUUAGUUCAAAACCAUCAAAUGUAAAUGUUACAAAUCAAGAAAAUAUAACUCCCAAUCAAUUACAAAGUUCAACUCCAUCCAGAAAAGCCAGUAUAACUAAUCGAAAGAAUUCUACUAGUAAUGAAGCCCUUAGUUUCUUACCUAAAUCGGUAUUUCCUCAAAUUCAACCUCAACCGUCAUCAUCAUCUGCUACUUCAGCAGUUACUACUACAACUGCCAUUACAACUCCUAGUAAAGUACUAAGUAAUAUUAAUACUUCAGCUAUCAGUAAUGCUUCAUCUAAUUCAAAUUCAAAUACUUCAUUAAGAUCAGAAAUAGCUCCUACUAUACUUAAAACAAGUUUUUCAUUUGAAUCUCAAAUUCAACCUCAACAUUCUGCUCGUGAACCUAUUCAUAGAUCAAAACAAAUAUCUCCAUCUCCACCUCCUAUGUCACCUUCUAUUGAACAUAAAAGUCAACCUACCACAGCCACUAGUACCAUCCCUCCUAUACCCAUCAAUAGUAGUAUCCCUAUUAAUAUUAAUGGAUCUAAAACAAUUGAUUCUCUCAAUAGUGGAUCUGAAUCAGCUACCAAUUCUCAAAAUCCAUCUCGAAAACCAUCAUUAAAAAGAUCAUCUAAUAAAACCAUCGUGGCAUCACCAGUUGGCCCCCCAGUUCCAUUUCAACAAUAUUUAUCAAAAGAAGAUGAUGGAAAGAUUCAUAUUUUAUUAGGAUGUACUGGGUCAGUGGCAACGAUAAAAAUCCCGUUAAUUAUUGAUAAAUUUUUUCAAAUUUAUGGAAAUCUGAAAAUUAGUAUACAAUUAAUCGUUACUAAAAGUGCAUCAUUUUUUCUUAAAGGAUUAAAAAUAAAUAAAAAUGUUAAAAUUUGGAGAGAUGAAGAUGAAUGGGGGAAUUAUAUUAAAGAAUUUGAUCAACAAACUGAAACCACCAUGACUUCCAAUAAUAAUAAUAAUAAUAAUAAUCUUAAUCCCAAUAGUAUCAACAAUAUCAAUAAUAAGAAGAAACAUAAUCCAUUCGAUAAGAUGAUUCUUCAUAAUGAAUUAAGAAGAUGGGCUGAUAUAAUGUUAAUAGCUCCAUUGUCAGCUAAUACCCUUGCUAAAAUCUCGAAUGGGAUUUCGGAUAAUUUAUUAACGUCAAUUAUAAGAAGUUGGAAUCCUAGUAUUAAAAAACCAAUCUUGGUAGCUCCUGCCAUGAAUACUUUUAUGUAUACUCAUCCUAUAACAGCUAAACAAAUCAGAUAUAUUGAAUCACCUGAUUUUGGUAUUGAAGUGUUGAAACCAGUUGAGAAAGUUUUGGUUUGUGGUGAUAUUGGAAUGGGAGGUAUGAGAGAAUGGAUUGAUAUUGUUGAUAUUGUGAAGAAGAGAAUUACCAUCAUUAAACUUGAAAGGAAGAGAUUAGAAGAAGGACUUGCAGAGGAAGAAGAGGAUGACGAGGAUGAGGAUGAGGAUGAAGAUAAAGAAGAUGAUGAAGAUGAAGAUGAGGAUGAUGAGGAUGACGACGAUGAUGACGAGGAUGACGAUGAUGGAGAAGAAAAUAAUAAUGACACCACCAAAAGUAAUGACGGCAAUAAUGAUCAAGAUAUGAUAUUUGACAUUAAUGAAGAUGAAGAAGACGAAGACGGAAAGAAAGAUCAAGAUCGACACCAACAAGAAGAAGAUGAAUCUGAGAUUGAUGAAUCUGAACAAGGAUCAACCACGGCUCAAGUUCGAAUUCCGGAAGUAACUCAAAAUAUCAUAUAAGUGUAUAUAUAUUUAUCUAUGUAAUUCAAAAUAAAAAUUAAUAUAUAUGUCAAAUUAUGUACAACGUUACAUGGUAGCACAUUCACAUUCACAUUCACAUUCAUUCCUUGUUUUUUACUUUAAUGGUCUUUUUCUGUCUCGAAGCAGUGAAAAAAGAAAAAAAUCUGGCGCGACUUGUCACCACGGCCACUAGGGGAAAAAAUUGAUGUUUCCUCGACUUCUCGCUCGCUUUAAUGAAGGAUGGAUUUCUUUUGGCUUAGGGAAGAGAUUUUUUUAGGGGAGACAGUUACGGGUAUUUUUAUUUUAUUUUUCGUGCCACUAUCUCGCUUCAUCUCGCAUGGAGAUGAUACCGACCCCCCACCCCAAGUCAAGUAAGUCUAUAACAUAAAACAAAUCAGAACAUGUUUGAAGAAUUAAGCUUUUGUCCGUAUUAAGGGAUUACAUUGGACGGUUUCAUGAUGGUCGGUUUAU